AUGUUUGAACUGGACGGAAUACCAUAUCUACUGUCAGUUGAUUACUACAGUAAAUGGAUCACCGUUACCAAACUCGACUACACCAGAUCUCUUGAUAUUAUAAAGGCUGUAGACAAACAAUUUGCCAACUUCGGGGUUCCUGAAGAAGUCAUCUCCGACAAUGGGCCACAGUUUGCAUGCCCAGACUUCCGACGUCUGACUGAUACAGUAGGUUUUAGGCAUGUUACAUCAAGCCCAGAGUACCCAUCAAGCAAUGAUCAAGCUGAGCAAAGCAUACAAACGGCAAAGAAAACAAUUGGAAAGAUGUUUGCUGACGGCCGUUCUCUCCCUGAUGUACUGCAUGGAAGCACUGAGAACCACCCCAAUUUGAUACGGGCUACCAUCACCAGCAGAGCUGCUGCAAAGCAGACAAUUACGCACCCAAUUCGUUGUCAGCAGAAAGACACUAGAGCCUCAUGUACGGCAACAGCAAGAAAUCAGAGACAAGCUGGCAAAGCAACAGGGGCGACAUGCUUUUCACAACAGAUCCAGGACAGCAGUACCCACUGA